AUGAGACAUCUCACUUAUCCAAAUCCCACAUACGCAGGACAGCAUUUUUUCAAAGCUGCACCAGGAGAAAAGUACAUAGGCAAGGGCAGCCAGAAACGCCACUUUCGAAUGUCUUUCAGAACACUAUUGCGUUUCGAGCUACGACAUUACUUCCUGAAUGCUGCAAGUUCCCUUACAUCCGCAUCUAAUUCAUCCAAAUGGGCAAAUGUGCCAGUGAUGGUGAGAUUGCAAGACAAGUCCCAUCGAACCUUGUACCGAACGCUAGAAACAGAAGCUCUUCGGUACCGGAAAGGCAAGAAUACGAAUUGUAUCACCCUACGGCCUGAUAUACAAAGUUUCUUGGUAUGGCUUCACAAGCAUCAAGAUCAAAAACCUCACCAGGCGAUUCUUGGAAAGCCGUUUCUUCCUCCAACAAUGAAGGAGGGUGCUGUAAUGGAAAUCGCAAUGUUCCAUCUUCUAACGUGUUUCUUUUCUCUGGCACAGGAUCAUCUGUGGCUUGACGAACAGACUAACCAUUUGGAUGUACUAUUACAUCGCAUCUCCUCGCAUAAACGAUACAAGCAUAAUGUUAGAGAGGCUACAGAUGAAGAAGCAAUUGCGUUGGCGGGAUCAUUAGGAUUUGAUCUAACGGGUCGCAAGCUUACAGUUGCAAGAAAAGCUCUCAGCUGCAUUUUUCUCGUUUCCAAGAGCGGAUUAGUGGUGAACGACCUUUCGCCGUGGAUUGCAUCUAUGUUAGCACCAUCAGUGUCUCAAGCAUGUCAGGAGCUUGCUAAUCUCUCAAUUAUCCCGGCAUUCGUUACAUGUGAUAUUUUAAGACGCACUCCACUCUCUCAGAACGAUCUUUAUCUCCAAUUAGAUCUCUGGAACAAAUUUCAAGAAAGCAUAGCUAAAGCAUACCAUGAAAAAACAUCUUUCAUCACUAGCAUUGUGAAAAACAUAACCUUCUAUUGUGUUCAGUUUGACCCUUAUAAACUUCCCCAGUUUAUUAGUUGUACUGUCGAAUUUCUAAGCUCAAAAAAUUCAGGCUAUGUCUUCAAAGUACUAGACAAAGAGUUCACCAACAGUCUUAUUUAUUCAAUUGCAUUUUAUUUCAUUCAGGCAUCGCUCAAAAACCACGAUGGUGCCAUGUGUGUCAUUCGGGCACAAGAGGUUUUGGUGAAGCAUGUUACGCACCCUAACUUGAAUCAACAGGGGUUUAUGGGGGUGGUCAUGGCCAUCAACUACGUUUCCGAGGAAAAGGCACAAAGGCUUCUUGAAGUUUCCCAUUUACAUUUUCCUGAACGGUCAAGCUACUUCCAUCUUGCGCAAAUUCAUGUUUCUUCCACUCCCGAACAACUAUUGCAUUCAUUCAACUCUGGGAUGGCACAGUACCCUCACUCAGCGUCUAUGUGGCUUGUUUUUGUGAAGAAAUUACAGUCACUUGAGCUUCUUUCAGAGCGGCGUGCCCAUAAACUUUUGGACCAACUACUUUCACGUAGACAGCAUCUCAUCAUAUCCAAAGACAUUGUGCUGACGCUUCUUCAUGCGGUCGAAAGCAUCAAUGGCAUCGAGCAUUUUAUCAUGGAACUAGAAAAGGCCCAACUUCUCCCGAAAUUCCAGCAAAUUGUCAUCAGCAAGUAUAUGAGUCUUCUCUAUCGCCUGGGUAACGAGAAAAAUGUACGCAAGCCGUACUUAGACAAAAUGGUGCGGCGCUCCAGCAACCUUGAGUGUGCGCGGUUUUUGUUCGAGCGAACUCAACGCAAAACUCCAGCGUUCGUUGCAAUGAUGCUCAACGGCGAAGUGGCUCACCGGCCCGAGGAAAUUUUCUCACUCUACUGCGAGCACCUCGAGGGCAAAAUUCCUGAUCAGCAAUGCCUUGCGGCGCUUCUCCGUGCGUGUUUGGAGAGGAAGCACGGCCACGUUAUUUCGUGGGGCGCCUUGUAUGCGCCUCAAGUCGCAGUGCACGAAUUCAAAAAGUACGUUGCGCAAAAAGUGCCGCUGACUCGUCCAAGCGAGGAUGGACUUGUGCCGUCGAACCAGCUCUGGAAAUUGUAUAUCCGUGUGUUAGUGGAGGCCAGUUAUUUGGCCGAGUUGGCGGAAAUCAUACGGUGGUGGGAACAGGUGCAGUUCCGCCCGCCCAAGAGCACGCUCUUGCUUCUUUUGCGCGCCCUUCCGCGCGAGUUCGCUGAGCGCCAUAUAAAACAUGCUGCGAGCGUUCCGGCAGACGCACAUUUUCUUCUGCUGUGGCCCUGGCCCACAGUAGACGAAUUGUAA